AUGGAAGCUGUGAAUCUUGGAUGGUGCAGGUUUUCAUGGGGUUCUUCGGUUUCUAAGAAGAAAGGAAGCCAGAGGCGUAUGGUUAGAAGAAGGUGUCGGUGGGGGAGAAUGGUGGAUGAGGGGAUGAUAGUGCUACGUUGUCGUAUAAAAGAGAUGAAGAUGUUGGAGAAGGAAGAGGCAGCUUCUGAUUGGAUGGAAUGGGAAAAACAGUAUUGUCCUGAUUAUCAGCGACAUCUUCUUCAUGCAAUGGAUUUGUUGCAGUCUUAUUUUAUUGGUCUCAGACCAAGUUUGGCAUUAGGGAUGUUGUUCCUUGUAGCUUUCAGUGUGUUCAUGUUUUCUGGGUUUGGCUUAUAUCUUGCCCUAGAGGCAGCAAGCAACCUCGUAUCUUGCUUUGCUUCAUCAAGGUGA